AUCAACCGUACCGCAAAGAUAGAGAGUAAACAAACUCUGUUUCAAAUUCAAUUAGGUUUACUAGGGAAAAUAUUAGGUGUUUAACUUUACUCAUAAACCCAAUUGUCUAGGGUUUUACCCCGGUAUAAUCAACAAAUCAAGACAAUGGAUCUCAAAGAAAACGUAGCCGAGACGACGACACAAGGAGACUCAAGCAAAUUGAUGGAGGCAAGAGAACCUAUGGAAGAAUCUUCGCCUGUUGCUUCUGCUUCCCUGACAAAACGUAAGGCCGAGUCUGACCAGGUUGAGCAGAGCGGCGGUGAGGCUCAAGAGAGUGGUGAUGGGAAUGAAGAGAGCGGCGAUGAGGCUGAAGAGAGCGGCGAUGAGGAUGAAGGAAGUGGUGAUGAGGAUGAAGAGAGUGGUGAUGGGGAUGAAGAGAGCGGCGAUGAGGCUGAAGAGAGUGGUGAUGGGGAUGAAGAGAGUGGUGAUGGGGAUGAAGAGAGCGGCGAUGAGGAUGACUACGUAGACCCUGAUGAGGAGCUCUUACAUCCGACAUGGUGGAAAGUCCCUGAAUGGGAUGUGGACAGCUUCGAUGGUCUCGAGUACGAUUCCUCUGAAUAUAAAGAUGAAUUCCCCGAUGAAGAAGAUGAAAAAGAAUGGCGCCGCUUUAAGCGUCAGCUCAUCGAGAAUAAGGGUUUUUAUGUGGAUCCUGAGCUUUGGUCAAUGUACAACUACUCUGAUUACAAAGUCGUCCCUAAUUUGGAUUUGGAUGCGGGUUUCGACCAAACCUACGGCGAGUACUUUGCAGAGAUGGCUUGUCUCUGUCUCAAAAAGUACAACAAAGACAAGGGAUCGAAUGUGGAGUUUGUGGAAGUGGUGAGAGGUAUAUUCACAGCAGGAUCUAGAUCAAAGUCGUACAUUACAUUUAUGGCUAAGGAGAAACCUGAUGGACCUCUUGUUGAGUAUCAAGCUAAGGUUUGGUCUACUGUCAUUCAAAACGAGAACUAUCCCAUUCUCUGUAGACCGGCUCCUACAGCAAAGCCUUCCAACCAGAAGUAGUAAAGCUAAGUUCUUUUCUUUCUGGAACUGGAAACUGGACUGAUGGAUACAGAGAUGACGCUCGCAAUAGGGCAUCUGAUAUAUGUGGUUGUGUAAACAUUUUAAUUAAUUUACUACUCAAGAAACUUCCCUUUUGUUCCCAAUAAUAUCUAUAGAUAUGAUGUUUGAGUGCCUAUUUGUUAUCUAUACUAAAUAACUUCCGUAGUAACAAUCAUUUUGCCUAUUA